AUGGGAAACAGUAUUAUUAGAAUACUAAUUAGAUAUUUGUGGGAUUGAUGAAGAAAAAAAGCAAAACUUAUAGCCAGAGUCUAAAGUGAUAAGUACAAGAACGAUAAAUUAAAUAACCAUUUAAAUUGUUUAAGCAGAUAUUGUAGAGGAAUUAGUAGAUGUAGUAGGUAAAUUUAAAAGUAAAUUUUAGUGAAUUGUUCUCAUGAGCCAGCCUGGUCAUAUAUAUCUAAACGGUAAUUAAUAUAAUGAUCUAUUAGUGAUAAUAAUAAUAAAACAAAUGAACUCCUUUAAUAAAGUAUUAAUGCAGCUCUAUAACAAUAGUGAAAAUUGGAGAGUUAAUAAUAACGAAUACAGAAAAUGUCAAUUCAGUCUAAAUAUUUCAUAUUAGAUUGCCAAUAUACUAAGUAAUGAUUUUAUAUAAAAUAAGGAUGCAAAGGACUUAUUAUAAAUAUUUAAUGCUUAUAAAGAAUGUCUAAAAUAAAAAGGGCAUAAAACCAUUUCUUUUACUGAAUAGAACACUCCAAAUUUCUAAAUACCUAAAUAAUUUCAUGCAGAAGUAUUGAUAAGAGCCAUUCUUUCGUAAAAAAUAAUUAAUUAUAAAAUAGAGCAAUUUAAGAAGAAGAGGUAGAGUUUGAGUUGAUAAAAUUUGUAAGUUUAGAUUAAUUAACUUUAAAAUAUUUUGCCUAUGAAUUGAUGAAAUAAUUAGACGAAUUAAAAAUUCCUGAAUUAUUUAAACUACGAUAUCAAUAAUUUUAGAACUUUUUAUGUAUUAAAUGAUAAAUAUAUAAAUAUUUAGAGAAUGGAGAAGAUACAAAAUAAGAGGUUUAUCUUUUGAGUACUGGAAUAACUACAGAAAUUGAAGGUGUUGUGGAAUAGUAAUGA